GUUUGCAACUUUGGUAAGCUUUUGGGUUCUUAUUAUUGUCCAUUUUAAUGGGUCUUGUUUAAUUUCUCUCACAAGGCCUAUUCUGGUGUUUGAGCUUCAUAUGAGUUUUCACUGCUCUGGGUUCAACGCUUCACAAAGGAAACACCUUUGGGGCUAUAGAACUCUCAGAGUGAUUAAAUUUUGGCACCCCAUUUUGAAUCUGCAUCAGAUUUUGAAGGGAAACUGGUGGAAGUUGCAGCAGCUAUGGUUGCAGAAGCUUGGAUUGUAAAGAUGGGUAACCAGGUAAGUUCCAAUCUCAAGCAUGCCCUUCUUCUUGAAACUUUAACAAAGAGAAAACAGAAUCACAAAAGGUCAGAUAGCAAAGAAAUUAUAGGUAUUAUUUCGUUUGAAGUAGCAAAUGUGAUGUCCAAAACUGUGCACCUACACAAAUCACUGUCAGAAUCUGAGAUCUCAAAGCUAAGGAAUGAGAUCUUGAACUCAGAGGGUGUUAAGAAUUUGGUUUCCUCUGAUGAGGCUUAUCUUCUUGAGCUGGCUCUGGCAGAGAAGCUUGAGGAGUUGAACCGUAUUGCUAGUGUAGUUUCUAGGUUGGGGAAGAAGUGCUCUGAGCCUGCCUUGCAAGGGUUUGAGCAUGUGUAUGGGGACAUUGUUGGUGGAGUUAUAGAUGUGAAGGAAUUGGGGUUCUUAGUUAAGCAUAUGGAAGGAAUGGUGAGGAAAAUGGAUAGGUAUGUUAAUGCCACCAGGAACUUGUACAGUGAAAUGGAAGUGUUGAAUGAAUUGGAGCAAGCAGUGAAGAAAUUUCAGCAUAAUCAGCAUGAGGAGAGUAGGAGGUCGUUUGAGCAGAAACUCAUAUGGCAGAAGCAAGAUGUGAGGCAUCUUAAGGAGAUUUCUCUUUGGAAUCAGAACUUUGAUAAGGUUGUUGAGUUGUUGGCGAGGACAGUUUGUACCAUUUAUGCUAGGAUUCCUGUGAUCUUUGGCGAAUCUGCUUUGACGAAGAAUAGCCUUGGCCUUGAUGGAGGCUUACCAGCUAUGCAAAAUGAAUGUGGGUUGUUGUCCGGCCAUAUUAAUGUUCAGUUGAGUUCUGAGAGGUUGAAACGCAAUCAGAGCAAGAAAAGUGGAUUUCAUUCGGAUUCGGUUGGGAGAAUGGCUGUGGUGGAAAGGAGGGGAACUACUAGUAAGCCUCAGAUAGAUAUGAGUAGAGGUGAGUUGGCAUCUCUUCGACCUAAAGAUUUUGGUUUUCCGUGUGGAACAAGUCCGGGGAGACUUUUUAUGGAAUGUCUAAGUUUGAGUAGCUCAGUUUCAAACUUUGAUGCUGCUGCUGAUGAUUAUGUUAUCAAUCGGGAGGAACAAUACAGUCAUCACAUACCUAGUAGCUGUUGCAGCGCUGGGAUCGGGAAUAAUAGCAUGAAAAGGGAGCACUUGUGCCAUUCUGGUGUUCUAAGUCAUGCCCAAAGUGGUGUUCCUUUCACUGGAGAUCUAAGACAAGCUAAAUCUGGUGUUCAAAUCUGCUCAACGUUUGGUCCCAAAAGUAGGUUAGCUGUUUAUGCUCCUUCUUCAACUCUUGGAGGCUCUGCUCUAGCAUUGCACUAUGCCAAUGUCAUAGUUGUCAUAGAGAAGCUGCUUCGCUACCCGCAUUUAGUUGGUGAAGAAGCUAGGGAUGAUUUAUAUCAGAUGCUACCAACAAGCUUAAGAUUAUCUCUUAAGGCCAAAUUGAAGUCCUAUGUCAAGAAUUUGGCCAUAUACGACGCCCCUCUCGCCCAUGAUUGGAAGGAGAAUCUUGAUGGGAUACUUAGGUGGCUUGCUCCACUUGCACAUAAUAUGAUAAGAUGGCAUAGUGAGCGUAAUUUUGAGCAACACCAAAUCGUUAGCCGGACAAAUGUUCUGCUACUUCAGACAUUAUACUUUUCUGACAGGGAAAAGACUGAGGAAUCAAUCUGUGAGCUUCUUGUUGGGUUGAAUUACAUAUGUCGUUAUGAACAUCAACAAAAUGCACUACUGGAUUGUGCAAGCAGUUUUGAUCUUGAAGAUUGCAUGGAGUGGCAAUUGCAAUGUGGAGCUUCUUUUCUCAACUGAAUUCAUUCUGAAUUUUGAGAUCCUCAAUAUAGUGAGCUUUUUCUUGAUUUAAAAUACCUUAUGGGGAUAUCAUCUCAAUACAAUGUGGAAUUCUGAACAUUGCACAUUGAGGAUUAAUAUUGCUGAAGACUUGAAAAGUAUAAUUGUAUUUGAUUGGAAUUUGACUUGUGCAGUACAUAAGCAGUCAUAUUUAUAAAGGGGCAUAAAAGUUCAUGCUGAACUUGUAAAUAUGUUUAUG